AGAUGCUGCAUGUGUGUAUAGGCUUCCAAACUGAUUACUCAAAGUGAGGAUCACGCCUGGUCCCUCCAGAGUAUAAGACAACAGUGCUCCAGGAGCCCAAGACAGAGCCACAGACUUCGGGGAUCCCUGACCCAGGUCCUGCCCUUCAUCCCAGCCUCCUGUUGAGUCAUUUCCUUACACUGAAAAUGUCCGUUUUGGAGGAGAACCCAGGUGUGAAAAUGGACUGUGAAGACUGGGAAAGAGAUGAACUUCAGUGCUCCUCAGAAGACCCAGUCAGAGAUGCCUUGGAGCCAGGCCCCAGCCUCACCUCCAUGAAUUCUGCCCAUGCAGGUCCAAGAGUGAAGGCCAAGGGCCCGGAGAAAUUCACCAUCCAUGACAGGGAUCACAAAGUUUUGGUCCUGGACUCUGAGACCCUCAGAGCAGUUCCGGAUAAGACCUACAUACUCCCAGAAACCUUCUUUGUAUUAGCCUCCCGUGUGAAGUCAGCUUGUGAGAACAAAGGAAGCCCCAUUCUCCUGGCCGUCUCAAAAGGCGAGCUCUGUCUCUGCUGUGACACGAAGAAAGGGCAAAGCCAGCCAUCCCUGCAGCUGAAGAAGAAGAAACUUUCUAACCUGGCUGCCCAGAAGAAACCGACAUGUCUGCCCUUCAUCUUUUAUCGGAAUAAAGUGGGCUCUUGGAAUACCUUAGAGUCGGCUGCCCACCCUGAAUGGUUCGUCUGCACCUCCAACCAUCCUGGGGAACCAGUUGGAAUGACAAAAUGUCACGGAAGAAGGAAACACACUGAGUUUUCAUUUCAGCACAUCUGCAAUGCUGAAAUGAGCCCCAGUGAAUACUCACCAGGAGAGGCGGGUAUAGCUUGGGCAGUUAGGCUGGAGCUGGAUCCUGGAAGUGUUGGCCAGAGGCUUCUGCCACCAGAAUCGGAGCCUGCCGAGGUGGAGGCUCUACGACCUCCAGGAGAGCUGGCGGAGGAGCAGUGGCUGCUGCAGGAACUUCACCUGGCCCUGAAUCGGGCGUGA